AUGUGGAUGAAUUUUUUGUCCUUUGUCAUAUUCUCAACACUUGGAAUCUAUCUGGAGAACGUCCUCCCAUCUGCUGUUGGAGUCAGGAAGCCUCUGUGGUUCCCGUUCACCAAGUCUUUCUGGUUCGAUACUAAAAAUGAGCCUUCUAGGAAUGUACAAGAAGAUGGCAAUUUGUCUAGGAGAAAUUCAAAUAAAGUGAGAAAUUCAGAUGAUAUUGACGAAAAUUCCGGAGACCAAGUCCAGAUAGACAUUACAAAUUUUGAAGAAGUUCCUGAAUAUCUCAAAAGGAAAGAAGAUGACCAAGAGUUUGUCCAGAUACAUAACCUCAAGAAGAAGUUUGACAAGUUUUGGGCUGUCGACGGACUUAACAGCGAAAUGUAUGAGGACCAAAUCUUUGCUCUUCUCGGCCAUAAUGGUGCUGGCAAAACAACCACUAUCAAUAUGCUAUGUGGAAUGAUGGCUCCCACAAGUGGUCAGGCUACCAUUUAUGGCUACGACAUCGAUAAAGACAUGAAGUCUCUCAGGAAGAUCAUGGGGUACUGCCCACAACACAACAUAUUGUUUCCUAAGCUAACUGUUGUUGAGCAUCUAAGGAUCUUUUCAGAUUUUAAAGGCAAGCCAAGAGCUGAAAUCGAACAAGAAAUCGAAGAAAUUUUAAACGACCUAAACAUGGCUGACAAACGCAAUGUUUUGUCCAAGGACUUAUCUGGAGGAUACAAGAGAAAACUUUCACUCGGCAUUGCUUUGGUUGGUGGCUCUAAGAUCGUAUUCCUAGAUGAGCCUUCAAGUGGAAUGGACGUUACUGCCAGGCGUGAGAUGUGGGACAUGCUUAAAAAAUACAAAAAUAACAGGAUCAUUGUUCUCACCACCCAUUACAUGGAAGAAGCUGAUAACUUGGGCGAUAGGAUCGGCAUAAUGUCACAAGGCAAAAUGUUGUGCUGUGGAAGACCUGAGUUCUUGAAAAAUAAGUUUGGUGAAGGAUUCAACCUCAUUGUUGUCAAAGAGGAAAGGCAAGAUAAUCAGCUGCUUCAAGAUUUUGUGCUCAGUUCAAUAGAAGGAUCAAGAAAAGUAUCUGAAGUGAGCUCAGAAGCGACAUACUUGCUUCCAAAGGAUUCAAUUGAUAAAUUCCCAGAAUUCUUCAAGGAAUUCGACAGCAAACUAAAGAAACUUAAAGUAAGUUCAUAUGGAGUAUCCAUGACAACACUCGAAGAAGUCUUCUUGAAGGUCGAGAACUCAGACAAACAAGAAGACGAAAAAGCAAUAGAGAAGGUGAAAAGAAGAAUGACUUCUGAGUAUAACCCAGAUAAUGAAUACUCGAUGGCAAAAGAGCAGAUUGAAGGAGCAUUUUCAAUCUUUUUCCUACAUUUCUGGGCUCUGUUCUUGAAAAGAUUCUUUUUGACAAAAAGAAAUUUGAAAGGCAUGGUCAUGGAAAUAUUUAUUCCAUUUGUUCUGAUCAUUGUUGGUUAUUGGAUGGCUACUGUAGCAUUCUACCAGAACUCAGACCCAAGAGUCUUAGAGCCAAGCCUGUUCCCAUUAGAUCAAAGAGUCAUCUAUAACUCUAACAAUGCUGGAGUCAGUGAUCCUGCUGAGCUCAUAGCACUACUCGAUCCAUCUUCCAACUUUACUUCUUCUUCAGUAUCAGUCUCAGGAAGUGAUGAAAGAAGCCGCUUGAUGAACUUUGAUGAUCAGAUUUAUAAUGCUUCUUUGGUUGCUCCAGUGGAAUCAUCAAGAUACGGACACUACUACUUCAAUAAUUUGGAUUAUGGUAAUCAUCACUAUGAAGUAGCCACUUUGUUUAAUACGACAAGCCAAGAUGCUCAUGUGGCGUUCCCACAUUUUAUUUAUGAGGCUAUAUUGAAGAAGUCUCUUGGUUCAAGUUUCAACUACACUAUGAUUAAUGAUGCUAUGCCAGUUGUUGAUAUAUACAAGGACCAAGAGCGAGGCGCUAAUGUCCUCUUCUUAGGACUUGUGCUUGCCAUUGGACUCUCUCUGACUCCUACAGGAAUUAUCGGAUUCUUGAUUCACGAGAGAUCGAACAACUUGAUACACCAACAGACAAUAAGUGGAAUGAACAAGGUUGCUUAUUGGGUAUCCAACUACAUCUUUGACACUUCUAAGAUCUUCAUUACAAUUCUAUUUGCCAUCGCCUUUAUGUACGCUUUCGAGUUGCAGUAUCCAUAUGCUUGGCUUUUGCUCCUCCUAUUUCCAUUUACAAUCGUUCCAUACACUUAUGUGACUUCAUUCUUGUUCAGUGAAGAUGCUCCUGCUCAGAACUUCACUAUUCUGCACCACUUCUUUGUAGCAGGAAUCUUUCCUAUCUUCCUAUUCAUAUUGAGACUCACAGAUGCUACUGAAGACUUUGGAGAUAAUGUGAGAUGGGUUUUAAGACUCCUUCCUUCAUAUUGCACAGUUGGAGGAAUUAACUCUAUUGCAACCAAAGAUCAAAUGGCAAAUGAUAGAGGAGAAUCCCCUCCAUCAGCAUUAGAUUUUGAGGUAGCAGGAGGAGACCUGCUCCUGCUUUGUAUCCACCUGAUCUUGUGGCCUCUCCUUCUAGCAUUGAUUGAACUUGGAGUCUUCGAUUUCUUACGCAAGAAAGGCAAAAAUGUUGAAGAUAAACACGAAGCACUUGAUGAUGAUGUUGUUCAGGAAAGACAGAGAGUUGAGGAUACCUCUGAGUCAGACCUUGCCGUCAAAGCAAACCAUCUCAGGAAAGUCUAUGGUAACAAAGUCGCUGUCAAAGAUGUAUCAUUUGGACUUGAGUUCGGUGACUGUUUCUGUCUUCUCGGAGUCAACGGAGCUGGAAAAACAUCGACCUUUAAAAUGCUCACAGGAGAUGUUGUUGCGACCAAAGGAGAGUCUCACAUUUGUGGCUACAAUGUCAAGAGCGAAUUUACUCAAGUCAGAAAGCAAAUUGGGUACUGCCCACAGUUUGACUGCAUCUUCGACAUGAUGACUGUCAGAGAGCAUCUUGAAUUCUACACUAAAAUCAAGAAAAUUCCCAAACAAUAUGUUCAGCCUUUGAUAUCUGAGCAGCUCAAGAAUAUGAAUCUUGAACAAUACGAAAACAAGCUUGCUGGCACUUUAUCUGGUGGUAACAAACGCAAGCUUUCAGUUGCAAUGGCCAUGAUUGGUAAUCCACAGGUUGUGUUCCUUGACGAACCAUCUGCUGGUAUGGAUCCGAAAGCCAGGCGAUUCAUGUGGGAAGUCAUUGCUAAGAUCUCGACCAGAGGCAAAAACUCAGCUGUCAUUUUGACAACACACUCGAUGGAAGAAGCAGAAGCUUUGUCAACCAACAUGGGAAUCAUGGUAGGAGGACAGUUCAAAUGCUUUGGAUCCAAACAGCACAUUAAGAACAAGUUCGGCAAAGGAUACCAAGUCGAAAUCAAGUUCAAAGAACUCAGCGAAAAAGAUGUCGAACAAAGAAUCGAAAAUAUUGGGCUGCUUGAUUUCUUAAGAAACUCACAUGCUGCGUCUUACAAAAUAGACAAUGCCAAGGGACAAGAAAGAUUUAUGCUUAAUCAAGAAGCAUGCCGAGCUGUUUUGGAAGACCUUCUUGAGAGUCCAAAUACUUUAGCUGAGCUACAUGGUGAUGGGUUUGGUAAAGAAAUAAUGAAAACUCUUGAAGAUAGGAACUAUUAUCCUGUAUCUGAACUUAUCAAAUGGGAAUAUGUCACCAGCAACAAUCUUCAAGCCAUCAAUGUACUAGUAUCCGAGUUUGGAGAGACGCUGCUGAUCGAACAAAUAUACCCAAGAUACAGAUACUCAGUGCAAAAACAGGACAAAUCGAUUGGAUACUUCUUUGGGCUUCUAGAAAAAGUUAGGGAAAAGCUUGAUUUAGACGAAUACUCAGCCUCUCAGACAACACUCGAACAGAUUUUUAAUGGCUUUGCUAGAUCAGAAGAUCAUGAGGCUGUCCAGAGGAGAUUUGACAACUCAGAUAUUGAAAACUCAGGUGGAGAAGGUUUCCGAUCCAACUCGUCUGAUCAGAAAUUAUUCCAACAGAACAAUUUGUUCGAUGCCAAAAAGUCUAUUGGAAAAUCUGGAAUUUCUGAUACAGUUCCAAAGCCCAAAAACACUUAUAGCCUAAAUGGUGCCUUUCCCUAGUUUAUUUAUUCAUAUGCUAGACGAAGAGGAAGAAUAAUUGCCUAGCCUUAAUUUUCAAUCACUAAUACAACUUCGU